GUGGGUGGGUUAAAUUUUUAUGAAUGGGGCCGCCCCGCCUGCCAUUGCCGGGCGGCGCGGCGGGUGUCAGCAGCGAGCAGCGGCGGGCGGCGCUCCCCGGUGCGUCCCGCUCCCGUUCCGCCGCCCGAUGGCCGCCGGCCGCCGCGCUCCCCCGGAGCCCGGUGGGGGCCCGGUGUUACUUCAAGGCAUCUUCGGUGCGGGACCCACCGCCGGUGCCGCCGCCUGCUCCUUGGCUCUCACCCCCCGGGAGUUGCAGGUGCGGCGUCCCGGCGGUUCCUCCGGGGGCUCGGCCGGUCCCGACGCCGCGCUCCGCCUGGCCGACUGCGUGGGCUCCGCCGCCUUCCCCGCCGCCGCCGCCGCCGCCUGCUUCUCCCUGGUCUGCUACCCCUUCCGCGGGCCGCGCUGGGGCUCGCCCGCCCGCCAGCGCCUGGAGCGCACCUUCCGCGUCUGCCUGGGACCCGACGCCGAGGGCAACCUGCGCAUCGCCCAGGCCUGGAGCCGCAGGAUCCGGGAGCUCUCGGUGCCCGCCGUGCCCGCGCAGGACGGUGACAGCUAUGGGGUGCUGCCCCGGCCCUGCCGCGCGCUGGUGCUGCUGAACCCGCAGAGCGGUGCCGGCCGGGCGCUGGAGGACUUCCAGGCAGUGGUGCAGCCCAUGCUGGCCGAGGCUGACAUCGCCACCACCGUCUUCAUCACCGAGAGACCCCACCAUGCUCACGAGAAGGUACGGGACGAGGACCUGUCGCAGUGGGACACACUGGUGGUCAUGGCCGGGGAUGGGCUGCUGUACGAGGUGGUGAACGGGCUCAUGGAGCGGCCGGACUGGGAGGACGCCAUGAAGAAGCCACUGUGCAUCCUGCCGGGGGGCUCCGGGAACGCCCUGGCCGCCUCCAUCAACCACUACGCAGGCAAUGAUCACGUCGCCAAGAAGAAGCUGCUGACGAACUGCGCCUUCAUCCUGUGCAAGGGGCUGCACACGCAGAUGGACCUGGUCUCGCUGAGCACGGCCUCGGGCAAGCGCCUCUUCUCCUUCCUCGGCUUCGGCUGGGGCUUCAUCUCGGACGUGGACAUCGACAGCGAGAAGUACCGGCGCCUGGGCAAUGCCCGCUUCACCCUAGGCACCCUGCAGUGCCUGGCCAAGCUGCGGGUCUACCAGGGCCGCCUCUCCUACCUGCCCGCCGUCCCCGGGCAGGGCACCCCCCCGCCACACAGGGACCCCCCCGCGCCCAUCACCAACGGCCAGGUUGGCCACGUCCUGCCGCCGGCGGGGACGGAGGCGGCCGGGGCUCUGCCCGCCGACUCCCUGCUGGUGCCGCUCGGCCAGCCGGUGCCGGCGCACUGGACGGUGGUCCCCGAGGAGGAGUUUGUCACCGUCUACGCCAUCUACCAGUCCCACCUGGGCACCAACCUGCUGCUGGCACCGGCGGCCCGGCUGCACGACGGCUGCAUCCACCUCUUCUACCUGAAGGCCGGCAUCAGCCGCGUGGCGCUGCUGAAGCUCUUCCUGGCCAUGGCCAGGGGGACCCACCUGGACUUGAACUGUCCCCACCUGCGCUACGUCCCCGUCCGGGCUUUCCGCCUGGAGCCGCGGGUGGCCACGGGCAUCAUGACGGUGGACGGCGAGGCGUUGGCCUGCGAGCCGGUGCAGGGCCAGAUCCACGGCCGCCUCUGCCGUGUCCUCAGCGGCUCCUGAGCAGAGGGGUGCCACCACCCCCCCCAGCUCCCCCCAGCGCUGAGCCGCCGGCACGGCCCGGCACCGUCUUCCUCCCACUCAGGAACCACCUCCUCCUCCCGUAGCAAUAGCUCUCGGGGGCCGCGGGUGCUCGUCCCCUCGCGUGCCCCCACGCUUAGCUUUACCCCCUUCCUUGGGACAGCCACCAGCGCUGUCCCAAAAACGAGCCAAGAGUCCGAUCAGGUACCCUGUGCCGGCGAGAUGCCGGCAUGUUUUAUCGCGGUACAAGGUCCCGGCCCCAGGGCGGCUGCGCCGGCACAGCCCCGUCCCCUCCCUAGCUUGGACGCACAGGGGGGCACCGCUCGCGUCCCCACCGCGGAGCCAGUGCCCCCCCCCCCAGGGAUGGUCAGGACCAAGAUAUCUAAUACAAGAACUCGACUUUUUUAAAGAAUGUUUCUACCCAAAGCUUCCUGUAGAAGCGGAGUUUAUUCUUGUGAGAAAUGCAAUAAAUAUCUAGCGUUUGCAAAAAAAAUCCCACCCCCGGGUUUUAAAUCGGAGCUCAGGGCUGGGGUGCUGUCACCCCGGGCUGUCACACGCAGCCCGGCCGUGGCAGCUGUCAGGACCGGUUUAGCUCAGCACCGCGGCCCCUCGCAGCAGCCUGUCCCUGCUGCCAGGCCACCGUCGCCCUGGGGCCAGGACUAGGAUGGAGCCAUGAUCCCAGGAGAUGCUCCCAGGGGAG